UAAAUGAAACCGACCAAUAGCCUGCGCAAAUGUUUCUCCACUCCACUUGUAAUUUCUUAUCGUCAUAUGACCUAGCCUGGUAAAGUCGUGUCGUGUGUAGGCCAUAUUGUCAGUGGGUUUUCCAGUUUGGUGGUGUGUUCACUCAAGAAUUUAGUCCAUUUAGACCUGUAAAUACUCUACAAAAUGUCUAAAGAAGAAUCACCAGUCUACGCACCCUUCUUCGGUGUCAUGGGGGCGUCAGCUGCCAUAAUUUUCAGCGCGCUGGGAGCCGCCUAUGGAACGGCGAAAUCUGGAACAGGAAUUGCCGCCAUGUCCGUCAUGAGGCCGGAACUGAUCAUGAAAUCCAUAAUUCCCGUGGUCAUGGCUGGUAUUAUCGCCAUCUACGGGCUUGUCAUAGCUGUACUGAUUUGCAGUUCAAUCACACCAAACCAAUACACCCUGUACAAGGGUUUCAUCCACCUGGGUGCCGGCUUGGCGGUAGGAUUCUCCGGGUUGGCCGCUGGCUUCGCCAUCGGUAUUGUGGGAGAUGCAGGAGUCAGGGGAACGGCCCAACAGCCCCGCCUGUUCGUCGGAAUGAUACUUAUCCUCAUUUUCGCCGAAGUAUUAGGUCUUUACGGUCUCAUCGUCGGCAUCUACCUUUAUUCGAAGUAAAUUAUCUUAAAUUAUUCAUCCCAUUCCUCACACUCUCAAUCUUCCCCCCUCCACCCGCCCAACAACCAACAUCCGUUCAGUUCCUCAACAAAAAACCAGAACAGAAAUAGCCACGAGAAACUAUCAGACGUUAGCCUCCAUCAUUUUAUUGACUAUCCGUUUUUUUUUUUUUUAAGUUGAAGAAAAAAGAUGUUUGUCUGUCAAAGUGUAAAAAUAUGUAUAAAAUGGCAAAGCUUUGAUUGAAUGACCUCUAAAAUGAUUGUUGUUAGUCGAAAACAAAAAAUAUUAACGAUGAAUUCGCUGUGUAUAUAAUUGAAAGGUACACCUUCGUUAUUUUACGGUUAGUUUGAAGAACAGAAUAUUCGGGAGAACCAGAUUCAUGAGAAAAGGCAUAAAUAUGUUGGUCCAUUCAAUAAAAAGUAUUCCUUAAGCAAAUUGUAUUGUAUAGUCAUUAUGUUUAUAUAAGUAGAUAGAUUUAUAGGUUUCAUUAUUUGAUAUAAUGAUUAUAUCCAAUUUGGCUUUAUUGAGCCACCUUUAAAAUAAUGAAUAAAGUUAAACAUAAAGAAGCACAAUUAUUUUCAGUUCUGAAAUUUUAUUGGUCUGAUUUUCUCAUUAAUUCAGUGAUUGUUGUUGUUUUUUUUUUUAAUUGGAACUCUCUUUUUAGGGCUACAUAUCAUCGCCAAAUAUGUUUUUAUUUCAUUCUGUAGCUUAGGCAAAGUAUUGUUGUUCAAGUUUUGCUCAUCGUUUUCAACGAUCAUACAUACAUUAAGAUAAAAAGGAGUUUUAUUCAUGAAAUUAUUCGACCCCUUUCGCAAUUCAUCUCCUCAACGGUUAUUGGUCGAAGAAAAGCUGUUUUUUGGCAGUCGAUGAAGAGCUAAGUGUUAAACUUCUCUGUAGAGUAGAUACUUAAGAGAAAUGGCAUUUUAAUCUCUGUUCCACUUUGUCAUCAUAGUUUUUUGUCGUAUGUGGCUCACUAAAUAGUUCAGAUCGUUCGUGGUGAAUUUCACAUCAAUUGUAAUUACUCGAUCAACACUUGUUAACGAAACAAUAGCUCUAAUUCAUAUUUUUCUAUAUAAUCUCCGGAAAGUUAUAGGGAGAGAGAGUUUAGCAAAAUUUUGUUCAAGUAUAUGAUUUGUACAUUCCAUUACUUCUGCCUUAGAGAAUUUGUUGUUUAUAAUUUGACAAAAUAUACAGAGAAAAUGUAAACUUGUAAUCAGAACAGAAUUCUUGAGAUAUUAAAAACAUAGAUCUAUUCAUUGUUCAUUUUUGCCUCAACACUUAAAAGUUCCAAGUAAUCGAAAGAACAUUUUUUCAUGCUGUGUAGUAGUAAAUCAGUAUUCUCGAGGUAAGAAGAUGAAAGAUUAUUUACACUCGAGGACCCUGUACAAAGAAUCGAAUGGAAAGGUAAGUCUGUAUCCUUCCACCCUUUUAUGUUUUCUCUGUAUAGCAAUGAAAACUGUAGUAAAAACAAUUUAUGUUAAUACAUCUUUGCCUCUUGUCGUA